AACGACCUAUCACACACAUUCUAGGGUCCUGAGAAGGAAACAUGAAAUCCCUGGAAAAACCACCAGUGUGGAACCCCAUGUUAACUCAUGUGGAUCAUUUGGAAAAAUCCUCAAGCUGAAGCUACUUGCUGCUUUGUGGGUCUGGAAAACUCCACAAAAGUCCAUCAACCCAUCCAUGUUGCAGGAUGAGAGGAGAGAAGCUGAUGCCUUGUGUACUUAUCAGUCUACUGGGGCUGACCCUGAUGGAGUCAGCUCAUGGACAGCACAUGUCAGACGAACCCUGCUCUGUCCAAAUUCUCGUCCCAGGACUCAAAGGAGAGGAAGGAGAAAAGGGAGUGAAAGGGGCACCUGGGAAACCAGGAAGAAUGGGUCCACCAGGGGAGAUAGGACAUCUGGGAGUUAAAGGACAGAAGGGUAUAAUGGGACAUUAUGGGAAGAUUGGCCCCAGUGGAGUCAAAGGUGUAAAGGGAGAUAUGGGUGAUCCUGGAUCAAGGGGCCCAAAUGGUGAUCCAGGUGUUCCAUGUGAAUGCACACCCCUGAGGAAAAUUAUUGGCGAGAUGGACAUCCUAGUGACACAGUUAUCCAAUGAGCUGAAGUUCAUAAAAAAUGCACUGCCCUCCCCUGCAGCUGUUGCCGGCAUCAAAGAGACCGACAGCAACGUCUAUCUGCUGGUCAAGGAGGAGAAAUGCUACACCGACGCAGAAGUCUAUUGUCAGGGGAGGGGUGGACACCUGGCCAUGCCCAAGGAUGAGGGGGCCAAUACGGCAAUCGCUGGGUACAUCACAGAGGCGGGCCUGAGCCGGGUGUACAUUGGUAUCAACGACAUAGACCGCGAGGGCCAUUUCACCUACGUCGAUAGCUCCCCAAUGAGCACCUUCAGCAAGUGGAGGGAAGGGGAACCCAACAAUGCCUACGAGGAUGAGGACUGUGCUGAAAUGGUGGCGGUGGGGGACUGGACCGAUGUGGCAUGCCACCCCACCAUGUACUUUGUCUGUGAGUUUGACAAGGACAGUGUCUGAGGAGUAUUUGUUUGAAAGUGGUAGUGAGUUAUAGAGAAGCCUUUUAUAGAGUUCUACAGAUGUUGUUCAGUAUGUAGAAUUAUUUUGACACAGCUGCAUUUAAAUGUAAUCACCCACCAGUGCUAAAUAUCAUUGUACAGUAUAAAAGAUUGGUUACUGACAUGCAACAACUGUCACGACUUCCGCCGAAGUCGGCUCCUCUCCUUGUUCAGGCGGCGUUCGGUGAUCGACGUCACCGGCUUUCUAGCCAUCGCCGCUCCAUUUUUCAUAUAUCCAUUUGUCUUGUCUUGUUUCCAUACACACCUGGUUUUCAUUUCCCCAAUUAAGCUACUUGUAUUUAACCCUCUGUUUCCGAUCAUGUUUUGUGUGUAAUUGUUUCAUGUUAGGUGGUGUUAGUUUACGCACUUUACUUUUAUGUUCAGUUUUUUGAGUGCGUUUGAUUUAUGUAGUGCUCUCGUUUUGGAACUAUAAUAAAAGUGCGCCUGUUCAUUAUA